AUCAAACUCUUCUUUUAUGCAAUGUAUUGUAUCUUUCUCUAGUCCCCAUGCACCUCUCAUCCCACAAAAUCACACUAAGCUUGAAGACUCAAUUUCUAAACUGACACUUUUGUUUUGUUUUCUUUUACUCCUUUUCUAUCUGGGUCUGCUACUGCUAUUUCCAAUGGAGAUUUCCCAUUCCCUCUACUUCAACAUUUUCUUCAUCUUCAUAUUUACCACUCAAGCUACUGAUCCAUAUUCUAAUGCCCUUUUGAGCUUCAAAUCUCACAUUAUUAAUGGACACAACACUUUGUCUGACUGGUUACUGCCUUCUGUUGAUAACCCAUCCAUGAAAAUCCAUGCUUGUUCUUGGUCUGGUGUCAAAUGCAACAAAAAUUCCACCGUUGUUAUUGCUCUUGAUCUUUCUUUCAAGAGACUUGCUGGGGUUUUACCUGGAAAGCAUUUCAGUGUCUUCAGUGCUCAGCUUGUUGAUCUCAAUCUCAGUUUCAAUUCAUUUUCUGGGCAGCUCCCUCUUGAAAUCUUUGACCUAAUUAAUCUCAGAAGCUUAGAUUUGAGCAGGAAUAACUUUUCUGGGAAGUUCCCCGCUGGGAUUUCAAAGCUUGAAAACCUAGUUGUUCUUGAUGCUUUCAGUAACAGCUUUUCUGGGUCAUUGCCAGUUGGAAUUUCUCAGCUUCAGUAUCUCAAGAUUCUCAAUCUUGCUGGAAGUUACUUUGAUGGGCCAAUUCCGCCUGAAUUUGGUUCUUUUCAGAGUCUUGAGUUUAUUCAUCUAGCAGGCAAUCUACUAAAUGGAAAAAUUCCCACAGAAUUAGGCAGACUUCAGACUGUAACCCAUAUGGAGAUUGGCUAUAAUUCAUAUCAGAGCAGUAUUCCAUGGCAACUGGGUAAUAUGAGUGAGCUUCGAUAUCUUGAUAUAGCUGGAGCCACUCUUUCAGGCUCAAUUCCAAAGGAAAUUUCAAAUCUCACCAAGCUUCACUCACUGUUUCUCUUCAGGAAUCAUCUUACUGGUUUGAUUCCAUGGGAGUUGGGCAAAAUAGAGCCACUUACAAGCUUAGAUCUUUCUGAUAAUCAUCUUUCUGGUCCAAUUCCUGAAAGUUUUUCAGAGUUGAAGAGUCUUAAGCUGUUAAGUCUCAUGUAUAAUGAAAUGAAUGGUACUGUUCCUCAAGCCAUUGCUCUGCUUCCUUCACUCGAUACUUUACUGAUAUGGAAUAAUUUCUUUUCUGGGUCACUUCCUGAGGAUUUAGGAAGGAAUUCAAAGCUUAAAUGGGUGGAUGUUUCCACCAAUAAUUUCGUUGGUCGGAUUCCACCGGAUAUUUGUGCAGGUGGUGUUUUGUUCAAGUUGAUCCUGUUUUCAAAUAAUUUUUCAGGCAGUCUUUCGCCGUCCAUUUCGAACUGUUCUUCGCUUGUUCGUAUUCGAAUUGAAGAUAAUUCUUUCUCUGGUGAGAUUCCUCUGAAAUUCCGUAAUUUACCUGAUAUUGCAUAUGUAGAUCUUUCCAGGAACCAGUUUACUGGUGGAAUUCCUGCCGAUAUUUUUCAAGCUUCGCAGCUUGAGUAUUUCAAUAUCUCCAAUAAUCCAGACCUUGGAGGUGUGAUCCCAGCACAAACAUGGUCUCUGCCGCAUCUUCAGAAUUUUUCAGCUUCAGCAUGUAAUAUCUCAGGCGAUGUUCCUAUCUUUUACUCCUGCAAAUCUGUUUCUGUUAUUGAGUUAGACAUGAACAAUGUAGCUGGUAAUCUUCCAAAGAGUAUUUCUAAUUGUCAGGUUCUUGAGAGUGUUGAUUUAGCUAAUAAUAAGUUUACUGGAAAUAUACCUGAAGAGCUUGCUAGUCUUCCAGCUUUAAGUUUUGUAGACUUGUCGCAUAAUAAUUUCACUGGUCGCAUUCCAGCAAAGUUUGGCGACUCUUCAAGCUUAGUAGUUUUAAAUAUAUCGUUUAACAAUAUGUCUGGUUCGAUCCCCUCCAAUAAGUUGUUUAGAUCAAUGAGUAGAAGUGCAUUUUCGGGGAAUCAAAACCUUUGCGGAGCACCGUUGCAGCCAUGUCAUGCUUCGAUGGCGAUAUUUGGCAGCAGUGGCACCAGGAAGCUUGCUUGGGUUGUUCUGCUAAGCGCAGGGGUAGUGUUGUUCGUAGUAGCGUCAGCUUGGGGUAUUGUCUUUAUUCGAAGAGGAAGUAAAGGGCGAUGGAAAAUGGUGUCGUUCAAUGGACUCCCGAGAUUCAAAGCAAAUGAUGUUUUGAGAAGCUUUAGCUCAACAGAUUCAAUGGAAGAAAUUCCGUCGAUAUCUGCUACAGUUUGCAAAGCAGUUCUACCUACAGGAAUAACAGUUUCGGUUAAAAAGAUCGAAUUCGAAGCAAAGGGGAUGAAGAUGGUGACCGAAUUUGUAAUGCGAAUGGGCAAUGCAAGGCACAAAAACUUGAUCAGAUUAUUGGGAUUUUGCCACAAUAAGCAACUAGCUUAUCUCUUGUAUGACUACUUGCCUAAUGGAAAUUUGGCUGAGAAAAUUAAUCUGAAGAGGGAUUGGCCAGCCAAAUACAAACUUAUAAUUGGCAUUGCAAGGGGACUUUCCUUCAUUCACCAUGAAUGUUAUCCGGCAAUUCCACAUGGAGAUCUGAGGUCAAGUAACAUAGUUUUUGAUGAAAAUAUGGAGCCCCAUUUGGCUGAUUUUGGGAUUAAGUUCCUCGAAGAAAUGAUCAGAGACUCGUCUUCGCCAACAAUUUCCAUGAAAGAAACAGGUGAAAUAUUCAACAGCAGGAUAAAAGACAACCUCUAUGCAGACAUAUACGGCUUUGGAGAGGUCAUUCUUGAAAUCCUGACCAACGGAAGAUUGGCAAAUGCAGGACGAAGCAUACAGAGCAAGCCGAAAGAAGUUCUCCUAAGAGAAGUUUAUAAUCAGAGUGAAGCCGGUUCGUCUUCUGAAUCAAUACAAGAAGAGAUAAAACUGGUUGUUGAAGUUGCUUUGAUCUGCACAAGAAGUAGGGCAGCUGAUCGGCCAUCCAUGGAAGAUGCCUUAAAGCUUUUAUCAGGGUUCAAGUCACAGAGAAAAUAACAGAUGAUCAGAAUCAGAUCGUCAAACCCGAAUGAUUAUACUGCUCAUUUUUAUUUUAAAUGAUAAUUAUAGAUAUAACAAAUAGCUAGCUGAUAUGUAAGUGUGUUUGGAGUCUUCUCAGUAGCAAGUACCAGAAAUUUUCCGCUGUAAAAUAUGAAAGUCCGUGUGUUGUUUUUUCAUAAAGAUUUAAUCAUAAUACACAAUUAGCUA